AUGGCGUCAUGUCAUGUCCCACUGCUGGAUUUUGCCCGGCAGAAAAUCAAACGCGCCCCUCCAUCCAGUUGCCAUGGAGCUGCCGACCCCAUCACCGCCCGACCAGGGCACGGACGUGUUAUCAUCGAUGUCCUACACUUUAUCGAUCCCCACCCGUUUGCUUGGCUGAGCUAUGGCCAGAUCCGCAUGCCGCUAGUCCCUUUCCCCUCAUCCUCCGACCCAUCACGAUCGCGACGACACAUUCGCCAUCGCGAUGGGCAAAUCAUUCGGUGCGACUCACAGGGUAUCACAUUGACCAGAUUGCGAUGUACUCAUUAUAAACACGGUCCUUUUGUUGCAGAAUGCCUGCUUUCUGCCUUCGCUUCUUCUCCACCGGCGGAGACAACAACACCAGAUUGCCAACUAGUCUGCCUCUCCAAUACACACCGUUCCGGAAGGAUGCGCAUCCGCCGCCCAUGCCUAGAACCCGUCAUCGUCCAAGCAAGAUUGCAGUCUCGCCGUCACGCUGAUCACAUGGCGCCGCCGUUGUUCGCAGUGACGACCUUGUUCCGUUGUCAGGCAACCUGUCAGCCAAUUCCUCAGUCCAUGGCGUGCUCGAAAAAAAUUGCUCCUCGACCGCCCACAAUCAUAUAUUGCGAGCGACGAGUCGCACGACACGCAUUCUAUUGCCAUGCAUAUCCACGCUCGGCUCGACUUCCCGUUGUUUCACGCAAUCUCGCACCAUUCUCCUUUGUCAAAUGUGCAGUGGUUGCUGUCCAGAAGCAGCACACCAAUUAA